UUUCAGCUUGUGAGUGAAAAAGUUGGAGGAGCAGAAGGGACCAGACUAGAUGAUGAUUUUAAAGACAUGGAAAAGAAAGUGGAGGUUACCACUAAAGCUGUGGCUGAUGUCCUGGUCAAGACAAUUGAAUACCUGCAGCCAAAUCCAGCAUCUCGUGCUAAGCUUUCUAUGCUGAAUACUGUAUCUAAAAUUCGAGGACAAGUGAAGAAUCCAGGAUACCCUCAGCCUGAAGGUCUUUUGGGAGAGUGUAUGAUUCGUUAUGGAAAAGAAUUUUGUGAAGACUCAAACUUUGGUGAUGCAUUGUUGGAUGCUGGGGAAUCCAUGAAGAGAUUAGCAGAAGUAAAAGAUUCUCUGGACAUAGAAGUCAAACAAAAUUUUCUAGAUCCUCUUCAGAAUCUGUGUGACAAGGACCUAAAGGAAAUACAGGUUAGUUGA